GGCACGGCGGGUGUAUUACCCAACACCGACCAAUACAAAUGACAAAAUCCUCACCGUGGACUUUGCUAACAGAGCGGGAAAUCAAAGGGACAGAUCGGACUGCUGGACUUCAGAAACGACAUCUUUGGUUGGGUUAGCGCUGCUUCAGGUCAGAGAAGAGUGUAGCAACAGAUGCCACGCAAAGAAAUAAGCCUUUAAUGCCCCAUGAUUCGAACAGGGGUAACUACAAACCAACUCAUAAUACAGAUUUAGGUGAAACCCUUCGCGCUACUCAUUCAUCCGUGCGUCCUCUCGGAAGCUGCAAUUUCAGUUUUCUUUCUCUUCAAUUGCGUGCAGGAGUUGGCUUGAUACUUCGCAUGCUAUAGUACAGGCUGUGCUUAUAUUUCUCUAUACUUUCAAUAAGUGCGGAUUUAUCAAGCCAUAUGAGGGCCAUGUUUAAGUUACUACCACCAGGAGACAAACCGGACUUUUGACACUUUCCGUUACAGCCGUGGAGCAACUAAAAACUAACCGAUUUAACCGAUAUGCCGCCCAAGAAAAAGGGAGAGCGCCAGGACUCGGAUGUUGUCGAGGAGAGGAACGCCCAGGUGCAGUUGGAGAAAGCCAAGUUCAAGCCGGUGGCGUUCGCCGUGUACUGUAACUUCUCCUACACCCCCGCGGACGAAGACAACGUGCCCGUGCCUGGAACAGCUGUCACCUUCGAGGCCAAAGACUUCCUGCACGUCAAAGAGAAGUUCAACAAUGAGUGGUGGUUAGGGCGCCCAGUGAAGGAGGAUGGCGUGGUGGGCUUCAUUCCCAGUCCUGUUAACCUGGAGACUAUCUUGAUCAGGAGAGAGGUGCAGGCCAGGAAAGCUGCCAAGGCCUUAGCCAGUAAAGCAGCAACUACCCAGGAUAUGAACGCAAAGAAGUAUACACCUCCCUCAACAGUUGCCCAGGCAAAAAAGAAAUCUGGGGAGCAGGUCGCUCCGUAUGAUGUGGUGCCCACGAUGCGUCCUGUCGUGCUAAUGGGACCGUCGCUGAAGGGCCUAGAGGUGACAGACAUGAUGCAGAAAGCGUUGUUUGAUUUCUUGAAACACAGAUUCGAUGGCAGAAUUACCAUAACUCGCGUUGCUGCAGACAUCUCUCUAGCCAAGCGGUCUAUACUGAACAACCCCGGAAAAAAAGCCCUAAUGGACCGCUCCAACAAACGCUCCAAUCUAGACGCAGCAGCCCAGAUCCAGGGGGAGGUGGAGCGGAUCUUUGAGCUGGCCCGCAGCCUGCAGCUGGUGGUCCUGGAUGCAGACACGGUCAACCACCCCAUCCAGCUGGCCAAGACCUCCCUGGCUCCCAUCCUGGUCUACGUCAAGAUCUCCUCCCCCAAGGUGUUAACCAGGCUGAUCAAGACCAGAGGAAAGUCUCAAACCAAACACCUGAACGUCCAGAUAGUAGCAGCAGACAAGCUGGCUCAGUGUCCUCCGGAGAUGUUUGACGUCAUCCUGGAUGAGAACCAGCUGAGCGACGCCUGUGAGCACAUAGCAGACUACCUGGAGGCCUACUGGAGAGCCACGCACCCUCCAGAGAUGGAGCCGCCCAGCACCAUGGUGAUGAAGCUGGCAGAGAACACUCUACCCGCCAGCCCCAUAGCUGCUCUGCCACCUGCUAAGGAGGACCAGAAGAGCAAGAAGACAGCCCUGACCAAGAGGAAAGGCUCCAGGGAGAACCAGCUCGACCAGCAGGAGCAGAGGGAGCCUGUAGCCCAGGAGCAAGCAGACGAGGAGGGCCAGAGAGAGGAGGACGACCGUCCCCCGAGAACUGAACCAAAGAGACCACAGCACAGCCACCACCACCACCACCGCAGGGCCGAGAACCACAACCACACCCAGGCUCAGAUUCAGACGGCGGGCGUGGACCCGCAGCCUGGCAGGGGGGACUACGCCCAGAGGAUCCCCCGCAGGCAGGCCCUGGAGGUGCAGGAAGAGGAGGAGGGGGAGGAGGGGGUGCAGCCCUACAAUCACAGGGCCGUGUCGCACAGGGACCACAACCACCACCAUCACAACAGCAACCACCAUCAUCACCACCACCACCACCAUCACCGUGGCAACAGCCAGCUGCACCCCAGGGAGGAUUACGAACUGGAGCACAACGAACGUAACAGACAGCACAGACAACACCCUAGCUACCAGCCACGCACACACAGACAACACCCCACUGCCAACCACUACCAUUACCAAGGCAGGGACAGAGACAGAGACAGGGACAGAGAUAGAGAUGGCAGGCAUGGGGACUCAAGACAUUGGCACCAAGAUUUUAUACACUAGUGAAUGUUUUCAUUGUUGUGUGUGUGUGUGUUUGUGUUUCUCUUUGCACUGCACUAAAACAGAAAUCCAGGGUCUCUCUCGUACUGUCUCUGGACACUCAGUGGUUAUUCUUCUGGCUGUCUUCCCUCCAUCUCCCCCUCUACCUCCCCGUAUAACUAGAUCUCUAUCUUUCUGCCUCUCUCGACCAUCUCUUUCUCUCUCUCUCUCACUCUUCUCUCUCUGAUUCUCAUGUCUCUCCUGUGCUCUCAUCCAUUUGCAGGACUUUGUUUUCCCAAUGAGCAGUUUGAUGGUUUGUCAAGUGUUUGCUGGUGUUAUAUAGGGUAACAACAAUGUAGGUACCUUAACAUUUUGAAACACCUAGAAGAUUUAUGUUUGAAGGAAUUGUACUGUAUCUUGCCAAUUCAAAACGGUGUGGAAUUAUUAAUCCCAGAGUUAUUGAUCAGAUCGUACUCUAAUAAGUAAUGUUCAUGACUAAAAUGACUUAGUCUUAAUAUUAGGCUUAAUAUUAUUUUGACAAUAUAAACACAGAAUUAAACCAUGAUGAAAGACAGUUAUCCCCUUAUUGGUUUGUCAGUUGAAAACAUAUUCAUCCAUCUUUUUGUUCACACCAUUUAAUUGUGUAUUAUGCCACCAAUAGCCACCAAUUCCUUAGUAGAAACAUAAAAGUAUUUUUCUACCAAUGAUUGUAAGAUGGGAGCUCAGAUUCAUACUGUACUGACCUGCACUCUGUCUGGAAGCAUCACUUGUUUUCUACUGUCUUAGACUUGCGCUGCAUAGUACAGUACGUGCUAGAGACUAUGCAUCUUGCAACAUGCAACUUGUGAUAACAAAUAUAAUAUUAUAUAUAGCUUGAAAACAAAACAAUUUCUAUGCAUUUGUAUAUACUUCAUAAUUGCCUUUGUAGACAUGUUAAAGGGAGAGUAGAAUGCCUGUUGCACUGUUAAAUAGAACUGUCACUAUUGACUUGGCUUGCGAGGACUUUAAUGCUGGUUGAGGUAUGUUUCUUUCUAACUUGUGUGUUUCAUUUUGUAUAGUAUUUAUUCCGAAUUUGUUUGAUUUUGUUUGAAAUGAUGUCACACGGGAUGCAAAAUGUUAUUUUUUUUGCUUGAUGAUAAACAUGUUCAGUAUCA